AUGUUCCGCAUCUUAAGAACUGGAUUCUUGGCCGUGAGAGCAAAUUCAUCCUCUGCUUCUCAAAUUGUUAAAGAUGGGAACUUUAUGGGUAUGAUAAAUGAUGUCUUGAGAGAAGAUAUCAUUGCGAAAUCGGACGAGUCUUCAGCUACUCGUUUGAAAUUCAGUUCAGCAGAUGAACUGCUUAGUUGGGUGAAUGGCAGGAAUGCUCUCAGUGUGGACGAGCUAAAAGAUGUCAUGAUUACAGUUCCUGGCUUUCAUACAGAUGAAAGUUCAGUUACAAAUAUUGUUGAAAAGAGUUGGGGUUUAGUAGAAUCUAAAUGGAAUGGAAAAGACUGCUUACCUUUACUGACCACAUUACUAAGAUUGAAUAUGACGAACACGAAAUGUUUCAAAGACUUAGAGGUCAUAUGGAAUGAAAAUGUUCAACAAUUGCUGAAAGAAGAGAAUAUAUUGCCAACAAUUCUACCCUUUCUUCACGCUGCAAAUGUGAAUUCUUACAAGAUUUCAGACAAUGCUCUGACUGUCAUAGACACAAUUAUAAAUAACCAAAUAAGAACCCUGAAUAAGCCUUCUGAUCUUCUAACAUUACUCUUACAUUAUCAGUCUUCUAAUGGAGAUUGGCGAAACUUGGCGUAUAAACAAGCUCAUCAAUUGCUCUCGAUCAUGUCGCUUUCAGAGAUCGUUGGUAUAAUCAGAUGUCUUGGUGCUCAUGGAAGACGAGAUCUUCAUUUCCUACACCCAGCUAUUCAACGAAUGACAGAGAGUUCAACUUCACUUAGUGUGCAACAAAUUGUAGACAUAUCUUCUACUUUGGCAAAACUACGAUUUUUCGAUGCUCGCAUCUUGAGGAAAGUCGAUAUUGAUUUGAGAAAACAGAUAAACCAGCUCAAGUCUUUUAAUGAUGUGUCAAGUCUUGUAGACUCUUUCAGCAGGUUACGGCUAGGCAAUCCAGAUUUGUGGCAAUGUUUAGCUAAUUGGGUAAAUGCGAACGCCAAGUUCAUUCCUCCCAUAGUCCUCUCUCGCAUAGUCGGAGGUUUUGCAGUUGUAGGAGUCGAGGCGGCGAAACCUUCUGCAGAAAUCCUUGCUAAAAAACUAAGGAAAGAGCUGGCAACUUCAGAGACAAUGUGGCUGAAUUCGAUCUUUGCAUUAGCAUCCCACGAUGCACUCACAACUGAGUUAGCGGAAACAGUUCUCCAUAAAGAGUUCAUCAGAAGGCUGUUCGAUAAUCCCAAGGUUUCGAAGGCUAAUCAAAUAUAUUUUGCAUUGAAGUUGUUGAAAGUUCAACAAGUAGUUAGCAACACGUUUGGUAACACGUAUACGGGACCAACAGUCUCGCGAAGUUCUUUCGGAAUUGAUUUUGAUAGCCCCGAGAUAAUUCAACAAGCUCGUCUUCUUCGGUUCGGUAAAGGUGUCGAUGCAUAUCAAGACAUGUUUGUCAAAGGAGGAUUGCAAAAGAUCGCACCAUCUAGUCAUUUUGGAGGAAGUUGUGUGACGAGUUCAGGCAUUUUUGUUGAUGAACAAGUUCUGAUUGAGAAUGGGAAGUUGGUUAGUAAAGCUCUCUGGACUGGAAGAGAGAGAGAAGUCAUCCCAAUCAUUUUUGUAACUUGGCAGCAAACGGCUCAAAACUAUGCUGAUGAAAAGAAAAAGUUUGUUCUUCUGGGAUCUGAUCAACUCUCCUUAAAGUUACUGAAAGAGGAGGGGAAAAAUCCUAUUUGUAUUUAUGAAUCGGAACUGUCGAAGUGUUCCACACAAGCUGAAAAGAUAUCUCUUCUCAAGAAAAAUUUGUUCGAGUCUAAUGAAAACUGA